UCUCGUAACCAUGUCGCCAUUUUGAUUCGAAAUUUAUGACAGAGUUUUUCUUGCUUUGCAUGCUAAACUUAACCUCGCGUUUGAAUUACUUUGAGCGUGAGUACGAAACAUACCCCGUGUAUCAGAAAAAAUACCACUCGCUUUUAAUUUGCAGAAGCUAUUAAUGUAUGGGAUCUGUGUGUUUGGCAGUUUUCAAGCGACAUUUUGACUAACGUUAGCCAAGUUAAGCUAGCUAACGUUAGCUCGUGCCUCUUCAAAACAAAUCACUAACAGGCUAACGGAUGUUAGCCAACACUGAGGAGUUAGCCAAACUGACCCAGUAGCUGGCUGCUUGGCGACAGAAUCCACAAAAGUCUUAACAGAGAAGGGAGGAACAACAGUAGACUUUUAAUAAAAGGUUAUGGUGAGCUUCGCUGCGUCACAACUCCUGAAGAAGCUUUAGUUUUAAGAGAAGACCCAUGCUGAUAAAUGCCAGACCUCACCACACUCUCUGUUGUCUGCGCAAACACAAAUGCCUGCCUGCCUGUGGGGGAGGUCUGAUUAAAGAUAUCCAUAUUUCAUCCACUGGGUUGAGUCCCCCAUCCCAGCAGCCAUCAUGUUUUGGAAGUUUGACCUGCACACCUCCUCCCACAUUGACCAGCUGCUGGACAGGGAGGACGUGACAUUGAGAGAGCUGAUGGAAGAAGAUGACGUCCUGCAGGAGUGCAAGGCCCAAAACCGUCGACUGCUCCUCUUUCUCUCUCAGGACCACUGCAUGCAAGAGCUGGUCAGCCUAAUUACCACAGAGCCCCCUGCUGACCUGGAGGAAAAGAGCCGCUUCAAGUUUCCUAAUAUUGCUUGUGAGCUCUUGACCUCUGAUGUGACCAUAAUAAAUGAUAAGCUUGGCGGGGACGAGUCACUCCUUGAGGUGCUCUACCAUUUCCUGGAGCAGGACCCGCCCCUCAACCCCCUGCUCGCCAGCUUCUUCAGCAAAACCAUUGGCAAUCUCAUUGCCAGGAAAACUGAACAGGUUAUUACAUUUUUAAAGAAAAAGGAAGGCUUUAUCGAUCUGGUGCUCAAACACAUUGACGCCUCUGCCAUGAUGGACCUGCUGCUGCGCCUCAUUAGCUGUGUGGAACCUGCCCCAUUAAGGCAGGAAGUCCUGCAUUGGCUGAAUGAGGAGAAGUUGGUACAGAGACUUAUAGAACUUAUCCAUACUGGCAAAGAUGAGGAGAGACAAUCCAAUGCAUCCCAAACGCUUUGUGAUAUCAUCCGCCUUAGUCGAGACCAGGCCAGUCAGAUGCAGGAGAACAUGGAGUCUGACCCAUUAUUGGCUGUUCUGGAGUCGCAGGAGACCGUAGCAGAGCUUCUCAACAAUAUGUUUGAGGGGGAGAGGAGUGAGGUCUCCAUUGUUAAUGGAACUCAAGUGCUACUUACCUUAUUGGAGACGAGAAGGUCUGGGUUGGAAGGGUUGAUGGAUCUGUAUUCUCAGGGUUACGAAAGGUCUUACACUGUCAACAGCAGUAUUUUAAAUGCCAUUGAGCCCCAUUUAAAGGACUUCCAGCAGCUUCUUCUGGAUCCCCCUAAGAAAAGUGCAAUACUGACGACUGUUGGCGUUCUAGAGCAGCCACUGGGGAACGCUCGCCUUCACGUGGCCCGACUGGUGGCCUCCCUGUUGCAAACCAGUGUACCCAAUAUCUGCCAGGAGCUUUGCAAUCUUGCCACCAUGGAUCUACUGCUGGCAUUCUCAGAUUAUCAGAUCCAGCAGAUGACGGCCAACUUUGUGGAACAGUUUGGGUUCCAUGACGAGGAGUUCAGCGAGCACGAUGAAAAUAUCAAUGCCACAUUUGACAGAAUUGCAGACAUAGAAUUCAUUCUAGAUGCUGAUGAUAAUAGUGCCAACGCAGCAGCUUUUGAAGCCUGCUGUAAAGAGAGGAUACACCAGUUUGAUGAUGCUGAGGAGGAAGAGGACAUUUGGGAGGAGAAGGAGAUUAACUAUGCAACACAAGCUAAAUCCAGAACAAGGUUUGGAGUCUCGCAGACCUCAGAGGGAAGUUCCAGGAGCAGCCUGGAAAACGGACAUCAGGACCAGGAUCGUGGAUCUGAAUCUGAUGAGGAGGAUGACUCUGAGCAAAACUCAUCAGAUGCAGGUCCAGACUGGUCGGUAAACUUCAGGGAUUCUGAAGCGAAUGUUGCGUCCCAAACCACAACAGGGUGGGAGAGCCUGGGGGGGAGUGGAGCAGAAACAGGCUGGGCAAACUUCUCUGAGUUCCAGCCUUUUACUGGGACUGAGACUGGUCCCCGCUGCAGCUCUCCUGAGGACAGCAUCGAUGCAGAUAAACAAGCCAAACAAAACCACGAAAAGAGUGAUGCUAGUGCCUCUUCUGAUCCUUCUCCAGUGGAUGAAGGGAAGAAGGCUCCACUUGUGGCCUCAGACAGCAGCUCCUCUGGGGGGUCCGACAGCGAGGAGGAUGACAAGAAGGCUGGAGCUCCCCCUGCUGCAGUGAUUGUCACAGAAACAGCCUCCAGUAACAAGACAGCUGACCUCAACAGUGAGGAGAGUCCAGUGCCUCUGGAGAGACUCUCUCUGUCUGAUCCGUCUGCAGCUGAGGACUCGCCUGUAAACACACCGGCUGAUAGAAAGGAGGAGCCGCCACGGAGUCCGGAGGUGUCCGUCAACGGGCCCGUGUGAGGGCGAGUGGACCCAGAACCCACGAGUGACGACGCCGUCGGCCUCCUCCCAGCAGUGUUUUAACUGAAUCACUUUGCCACGUUAUUGGACCCGGACACUGCCAGUCACCACCAAUAACAAGGCGGCAGAACAUGAAAAAACAAACAAGCAAACAAGAGUUCAAAUAAUCUCUAAAGCUUUUCCCCCAGAUGUUGCACAGAACGACGUGCAGUUUUAAUGUAGCAGCCAUGUUUGAAACGACACACCAUCUGUUAUCUAUUUUUUAAUCUUUUCCUACACUCAGAGGGGUUUUACAUGAUCGCCCCCGGAUGGAUAGCACAGGCUCAACAGGAAGUACCCCAGCAUCGUUUUUCUCCUUCCAGCUUCCAGAAGCAGCUGUUUCAGCACAACGUUCAUCUCUCACGUCUCCUUUUUACUUCUUCAGCUGCUCGUUGGGAAACUCCUCCGCCGGCUGCGAACGUUUCCAGGGUCCGUUCAGGAGGCGAACACAGCUCUUAAUAGUAUUACUGUCUUUUGCUCAUGUGCAAUAAUUUCAUUCAGCCCUUUUAUUUAAUUAUUUUUCUCUCUUUUUGUAAAGAAUCAGUCCGGUGUACUUUUUGGGGCAAACAAAUUUUGGGUGUAAUCUCGAGCUGAAGUUUCCGAUUCUUUUUCCUUGCAUGUACAUCAGGUUCUGUUGACCUAGCUCGUGAGCUGAGACCUUCUGAUUGUAAAGUUCUUAUUCCCCUUAAAGCAACCAAACAUUAUCUACCUAUAUACAAAUAUUAUCUACGUUUUACAAGCAAUGUUAAGAUUAUUUGUUGCCUGUUCCUUUUCUUUCUGCCAAGCACUUAGUCACAGUCAGAGCUCCCCCACGUUGGUUUGAAGCUUGGGUUUGUGUGAGCAGGAAGUCUGCAGAGCUCCGGGCCUCUGGUGUCGCGUCAAUCAUUUAAAGCCAAUCAGGUUCUGUGAUCAUUGUUUCUGAAGAGGGUGAAAUUAAACAAAACAUCUGGUUUACCACAUUUUUA